GUGCCGAGCUGCGCCCUGGGCCGGAAGUUUUCACCGGAACCGCGCUGUCAGCUCGGGUCGUCCCGCAGACUUUGGAUCAGAACCGGUUCUGGUGCUGCUUAGGAGGGCGGAUCUCAGGAUGGAGCUCUCAUCCCUUCUUCAUGACCUUCAGCUCUCCUCCUCCUCCUCAGAGAAGUCCCGCCCAUCUCAUCCCCUCCCUCCAAUCACAGAACUCCUCGCUCAGCUGCAGAAGCUGCUGAUUGGAGCAGCUGGUAACCCCUCUGAGAGCAGCACGCUGAUUGGCCAGGUUCAGCGCCUGUUUCAGACUGCAGAUCCUGAUUGGCUGCUCUCUCCGCUGUCGGACGAUGAGGGAACUGGAUGGGCGGAGCUUCGGUCGGCGUACAGGUCUGUGAUCAGUGCUCUGAUUGGCUGUGCAGCUCUGCCCCUCUGCGAGGACGACUGCAGCUCCUUAGACGCAGCGGCCUAUCAGAGCGUCCCAAGUGGAGCCGCCGCCGUAUGCUCCGCCCUCACGGCGUUGCUAGGACACUGGAGAGAAGGAGGCGGAGCCAGAAGAGCCGAGACGACUGGGCUGGUGCUCGCCGUGGCUCCGCCCAUUUACCUGUUCUCUGUCACGCAUCUCCAGGAUCAGGCCUGGACCAGCGCCGCGUCCAGGAAAGCCGCACGCCGUCUCCACGAGGCGCUGCUCCGGGCGGGCGGCUGGAGAGACUCCGCCCACCUGCUGAUGGGGGACGAGGACGCGGGGGACAGAGGGAUUCUGGGCGGCGUCCUCGACGUCCUGCAGCCUCAGCUGACCAAGGAUUCGUGGCGGCGCUGUGAGGCCGUGAAGCUGGUGUUCGCCUGGACUCUCCUGCAGGUGACCCGUCCCUUCCUGUCCCCCUUCCUUCCCCGCCUCCUCCCCCCCUCGCUGCUCCUGAAUGACCACUACAGGCCAGAGAACUGCAUGCUGGGAGUGCGCUGCCUGCAUCACAUCGUGCUGAACACGCCCGCCGCAGACCUUCGUCAGUUCAACCGAGCCGAGGUUCUGUACCAGGCUCUGUUCAAACACCUUUACACCAGCGACGCCGCCAUCAUCCAGCCCGUCCUCUCCUGCCUCCUCGACCUGCUGCUCGUUUUGGAGAAGCCGCCCUCCUCUUCCUCCUCUUCCUCCCCCAGGAAGCCCUGUCGCCAUGACGACGUGCUGCGUCUGGUCCUGACUCACAUGGAGGCGGAGCACAAGGUGGCGCUGCGCCGCGUCUACGCCUCGGCGCUGCCGCUCUACGUGGAGAGGAUGGGCGUGGCCGUGUGCAGACACCUGCGGCGGGUGGAGCGGGUGCUGCUGGGAUACCUGGAAGUCAGAGACCCGCCUGAGGAGACGAGCCGCCUGAAGAUGCUGGAGGUUCUGCAGAGGACGACCAAAUGGGCGUGGCCACGGAUGGCGUGCCGGGUCGACGUCCUGCUGCGAUGUUUGCUGCGGCUGCUGGUCGACGUCUCCUCGGACUCCAGCCUCAGCGACCCGGUCCGACAGCAGCUGAUGGAUCAGAGCUCCGCCUCCAUCCGCCUGCUGGACGCCUGUUCACAGGGACGCGUUCAGCGACUCCUCCUGCAGGUCGACCACCGCUGCUGCAGCUCCCAGGUGCUCAGUUGCCUAGCAACAGUGACAGCGGAGCGGUGACACCUGGAGGCGGAGCUCCGAGACGGACCCGGCAGCCCGAACACCUGAGCCAGGUUGGACCAGGACUCAGAUGAGGGCCAGAGUCCAAACAGGAGGUCCGGUUCUAUCCACCAGAACCGAACGGAGGCGACUCUCGACGGCUUGUUGUUGAAACCAGAAGUGGAAACUGAAACGGCAUCAGAACCCAAACAGAACCGAGAGCAACCGUGUUUGAGAGAAUCUGCUUCAGGCUGAGCUGCUGAUGAGUUGAAAUAAAGCCGGUUCUGGUUCUGGUUCCUGAUUCCAACAGAUUUUCUGAUCCAAGAUUACACAGUAAAGUUUGAUUUCCUUUAAUCUUUUGUGUAUUUUACAUUUUUUGUUCCACAAGAGAUUCUUCUAUGUCUUCCAAAUAGUUGUACUUGGUUUUACUCAUGUUUAAUCAUAUUUAUUUCUGUUUUAAUAAUAUCCAAAAGCUGCUGGAAACUUUCCCCAGAACAUAAAAUAACAAUAUAAAUGUCAAUAAUUGUGAAACGUUAGAUAUAUUAUUAAACUAUGACUAAUUUUAAUACUGUGGUACCAGCUCAACCCAUCCCUCCUUAUGCUGUUUAAUAUUAAAAGUUUAAUAUUAAACAUUGUCAACGGUUUCCUUGUUAUCUAUACAAUUAGUGGUUUCUUGUAUUAAUUGUAUUAAUGGCAGAGAUGGUGCUCUGUUGGAUCUAAAUCCACGCCGGCUUUCUAUAAUAAUCGAUUUUCAAUAAAUUGGGUUUAGUUGAAAUAAAUUUGUCCCCCCGUUCAGGAUUUCUGAGGAUUAGGGGAGUAAACUUUGCAGCAUGAUGUCCGUCUCCAAGUUAAUACCUGUUGAUAGAACAAUUUGCAGAUGAAGAUUUGGUUUCAUAUCUAGUUAUAAUAUAUAUGGUUAUAAUAUCGCUGCACAGGUUUUAUUUUUAACAUUUUCUCCAUGAUUGAUUUCUCACCAGUUGCUCUUAAACAGUCGUGCUGGUUUCUGUCCAGAUCUUCUCCACGUCUGCGUUCCUUUAUUUUAGUUUUGAUCAUUUCACAAAGAAGUCAUUAAAAUAAUAACAUCCUCCAUGUUAUCCAGAUUCCUGUAAUUUUCACUUAAAUAUUCCUGCUAAUUUGUAGUUUUACUCUUUCAGAACGUACCAUAAAGCUUUAAUAUUACUUUGAUGUUACACGUCCUCUUAGUGUUAGUUUUCUAUUUCUCAAACUUUUCCUCUGCAUCAAUAUUUCUCUGUUUUAUAAAUCGUCUGUAAUUUAUUUUCCUUUAACAGGCUGUUAGUAUCCCUCUGGUCACUCAUGGACUAUUUGCAUUUUAUAGGCUUUUAUAUAGUUUAUUUUGCCAUUUAUUAUAUGACAAGGUGAAUAUUCUGGGAAACUCCUCAUAAACUUUGUAAAUAUUGUUUUUAUUUUACAAAUAUUCUCCCAAUUCUGCACCAUUAAAUACAUUUUUAAUCACAGCCAUAGAUUCCUCGGGUUUUCUAUAAUAUUUCUAAUUAUUGCUCUCCUUGUUCUUUCUCUUUGCUGGAGUUCACACUAAAAGUCAGUAAAUCAUCUGCUUACUGUUAUUUUCUAAAAGAUUUGUUAAUAAAUUUAUUAAAGCGGGAAAU